AUGUACCAGUUGCUGACAGUAAUGUUGUACGCAGCCCUCGAAGCCCUGGGGGGACGCACCGCUCUGGCCGUCAUACAAGCCCAACAUCACACAAACCAGAGCUGGGGCCUGCCCAACCUCUUGGCCCACCUGAAGCGCUUGACAUCAUCCAGCAGCAACGCAACCGCCGGCGCGAGCCGGGUGCGGCCCUCGGAGACGUGCCAAGGCUACUACGAUGUCAUGGGGCAGUACGACGCGGCGUUCAACUGCACCACGGGGGGCUACCGCUUCUGCUGCGGCACGUGCCAGUAUCGCUUCUGCUGCGAGGACCGGACCAGGAGGCUGGAGCAGGGGAAGUGCCGUGACAGCCCGCAGUGGUUUGCCACCACCGUUCCCGGCACAGCCACCAACGGGCCUGAUAUGCCAAACGGAAGCAAGCAGACAGGCAACAGCACCGUGUACGUGAUCUGUGGGGUCAUCAGCUUCACCUUAGCCGUGGCAGUCGGGCUCAAAUUCUUCUUCAGCAAAGCCUCAAGGAGACCGCAUGGAAGAGAGCUCAACGUGCCCAGGGCACUGGUUGACAUUCUCAGGCAUCAAGCAGGCAGCAGCUCGUGCUCUGAACGCAACAACAGCCUCGUCAUUAACUCAAACUUCCAAGACAACGGUUCAGCUCGUCCCCCGAAGAACCUGUACAACACAGUGAAACCGUCCAAAAGCAGCCAUGAUAACAUGCAUCAUAAUUACAUCCACCUGAACGUCAACAGCCCCAAGCACCACACGGCCACUCUGGAUUGGCAUGUGAACCACACGCCCAGCCACGCAACCACGAAGUACAACACCCUCAGCUGCUCCCGUUCUUUCCACAAUCUUUCCCAUCUGCCCCCAUCAUAUGAGACAGCCGUCAAGUCAGAACUUAACCGCUAUUCUUCACUCAAGCGCUUGGCAGCUGAGAAGGACUUGGAUGAAUUCUAUGCCAAACGGAGGCAUCUUGCCGAACUGACCCGAGGGACUCUGCCCUUACAUGCCAUGAAGAUGAACUACGACACGGAUGCUUACUCCGAGAAGUCCCACAACCCACGGCGUGUCAUGUCACAGGAACACAUCCUUUCAGAUGGUGGCGGUGGAGGGGGAAGCUACCGCCCAUCUCACUACGACUACACUAUUCCACGAGAGCGUGUCAUAUCUCACGAGCACCUCCUCUCCCGCGAAAACUUGCAUUCUCAGGAGCGCCUGCUCUCUCCUGAGCGUCUUCAUCAGCGCACAGGCCCCUUCCAGGAGAUGCAUCUGGGCCACCAGAAGGCCGUUUCUCAGACCAACGUCUGCGCCAGCAGCACUCCCAUGCAUGAGCACCACCACGUGAUGAUGAAGAACUCUCACCCCACCUCCAACAAUUCCCCCAAGGCAUCUGCUCCUUGGGAAGGCAGUACUAGCCAGGCUGCCACCCGGCGCCAAGGCUUUGCAGCCAAGAGGCAAAGCACCAUUGAUCAAGUCCAGUUCAUCCCUGGGCACCACCCAACCCAACACCUCCCUACUGGCAGCAAGAACGAGGUCACCGUGUGA